CCAGGAAGUAUGCGCUACAAGUUUAACUUCAUUGCUGAUGUGGUGGAUAAGAUUGCUCCAGCUGUGGUGCAUCUGGAGCUUUUCCAAAGAGUGCCAUUUUCCAAUGAGGAGGUCUCUGUGUCAAGCGGCUCAGGAUUCAUAGUGUCAGAGGACGGCUGGAUCGUCACCAAUGCUCACGUACUCACUAACAAGCAGCGGAUAAAAGUUGAGCUAAAAAGUGGCGUGUAUUACGACGCUACGGUCAAGGACGUGGAUCAGAAGAUGGACAUCGCCCUCAUCAAAAUUGAGUCAGAAAGUCCCCUGCCCGUGCUGCGUCUCGGCCAGUCCUCAGACCUGCGUCCGGGCGAGUUCGUGGUGGCAGUGGGAAGCCCCUUCUCUCUGCAGAACACUGUUACCACCGGCAUUAUCAGCACUGCCCAUCGCAACAGUCUGGAACUGGGUUUCAAGGACUCUGACAUGGACUACAUCCAAACUGAUGCCAUCAUAAAUUACGGCAAUUCUGGUGGACCACUUGUCAACUUGGAUGGAGAUGUAAUAGGCAUAAAUACUCUGAAAGUGGCAGCAGGGAUCUCUUUUGCCAUCCCUGUGGACAGAGUGCGUCAGUUUCUUGCGGACUCCUACAACAGACAAGUCAACGGUAAUGCAGCACAAAAAAAGAAGGUCAUUGGAAUCCGGAUGCUGCAGCUCACACCUUCCUUGAUCAAAGAUCUCAAAGAACGUGAGAGCGAAUUUCCAGAUGUGAGCUCAGGGGUUUACAUCUAUGAGGUUAUCCCUGGAACAGCUGCAUCCAGCGCUGGAAUGAUCAGUCACGAUGUCAUCGUCAGUGUCAACGGGCAGCCCGUCCACAGCACGCAGGAAGUGAGCGACGCGGUCCGGAGCGGCAUCACACUCUCAGUGGUAGUAAGACGAAAGGAUGGCGAUGUCACGCUAACCAUCUUUCCAGAAGAAACUAACUGACACCACUGACUACAAGCAGCUGGGUUUCUAUUCAAAUGUAGCGUCAAAGGAAAAUGCAACUUAAUGCCAGCUUUCAUCCACUACUAGGAACUGUUCUGACAUAAAUGACUGGUGGUGCUAAUUCCUCAGUCUGGUGCUAUUACAGUUGCAUAAGAGCUGAAUGAGUGGCAGAGUGGCUCUAUGUACAGACUCAUCAAAUAUGUGCAUUCAGUAAGUCUGUUUUUACAUUUUGCUUUUAUUAAUAACUUUUCUACUUCAGCCAAGUGUGGAACUAUUUUUGCUGCAUGUUAAGAUCUUUUAAAUUUUGGGCAUUACAGUUUUUUAUGCACAAAUGAGUAUAUAAACAGAUGUAUAUACUGUGACACUGCUAAAGCAGCACCAGUGACGCCAGAAAACGUUUUAGUGAUUUCAGAAUCUCAGGAUUUGAAGGCACAUCGGGGUGGAGCUGACUAAAGGCCAAGUCAUACUUUCUGUGUCUGCAAGGGUCUGUGUGAUGAAAAUUUUGUGGUGAGUGCGAAUUUGUGACCAGAUUGCAUCCACUGACUGCACACGUGCAAGAAAAACAAAUGGCGCUCACCUUUUAUCCACACUUUCUAUAAUUCAUCAUUGAAAUAGUUGUAAUUAAAGUCAUUGUUGCCUGAC